AUGCUCCACCCUCAUGCAAGACGAACCCUAAUUUCUCGACCGCGGCCCAGGUCGCUACUGAUAAUAAUACUGGCCGUAGUCACCACCUACUCCUUGGUCCUGAAUGGAUCUACUCACAGACUGCAUAUCGUCCCCUUCAACAAGGCACAACAACUCUCAAGCGCAUCCACUGGCCAGCAAAAAGAGCUUCUGCCAGGGGAAAAUGGGGGUGCGUCCGACACCGAUCCUGGGCAUCAUCAUGACGAGCCUACUGGCACGCGAGCCGACUGGCAAAUUGAUGUCGAGGACUUGGUCUCUUGGCACGAUCCUGACGAUCAUGAGACGCAGGAUGAUGUUCUGCCCGGACACGAAACAGACGGCACACCUAGAGAGCCAGGCGAUGUAGCGAGACUACAGCAUGAAAAAGAUUUGCGGAAGAUGUGGCGAUAUGCUUACAAAACUACUGCCGAUCUCGCAAAUUCGAACCUGAUUUAUGGCAAUACUCUUAAGCAGCUAGUUUUCAAAGAUGACCGAACCGACGAACAAAAGAAACAGCUUCGGGAAGAACCUUCUACCAAGCUGGACCUGAGUGACGACCAACCUGUGAGGUUUAAUCCUUACCCCGACUACAACGGUGAAGACUGGAACAACGCCGGGCAUGCUCCGUAUGUACCUUGUAAGGGGCCAACUGGCGGAUUGGUUGAAGAUGCGCUUGUGUUCCGUGGCCGUCCCGCAAGAUGGCCGCAGCCCAAGUUUGGAUCGUACCAUCUUUUUGGACUGGACCCCAAUCUGUGCUGGGAGCGGGAUACUCGACUUGGUCAAUAUGGUCUCCAUGAAGUUAAGAAAGAGGUUGAAGGCUCACUGCAAACCGUUAACUGGGACACCGUUAACUGGGGUGAACUGCAGAGGCACUGCCUUGAGCAGAAUGCUGCCCGCUUCGAUAUGAGAAUGGACAAGAAGAACCCAUACCUAAACAUCUACGCCGAAACAGCCCGGCCAGCUGGGCCUGAUUCGAACUCGAAAGUGAAGAGGCGCUCAGCUGGCGUCAGGCGAGGAGAGGCCGGCAUCAAGGAACCUCGAACUGCCGUUUUGCUGCGUUCCUAUACCGGCAUGACGUACAGCGACAAUGACCGACAGAUCAUUCGCGCCCUCAUCAGCGAACUCGGCCUCAAAACCGGCGGACAGUACGAGGUGUUCCUCCUGGUACAUUCCAAAAAUCAGAGCCUUCCCAUUUUCGACGAUCAGGAGCUGUACCAGUCAGUUCUGAAGGACAAUGUGCCCGCAGAGUUGCACGGCAUCACCGUGCUGUGGAACGACCAGCAGGUCUGGGAUCUCUACCCGGCACUAACCGACGAAUCCGCCAAAACGGUCCAUAGCGCCCAGUGGUUGUCUGUUCAAAAGUUCAGUCAAGACCAUCCUCAGUUUGACUACCUCUGGAACUGGGAGAUGGAUUUUCGCUACACCGGUCAUCACUACGAUUUGCUCGAGCGGCUUUCCACCUUUGCCAAACGGCAGCCUCGCAAGUAUCUCUGGGAGCGAAACGGGCGCCACUACAUUCCGGAAUACCAUGGCGAUUAUGACACGACCUUCCGUGAAGACGUCGCUAAGCGGCACGGCAACGAUACGGUUUGGGGCCCGCCGGUGUUGCCGUUCAUCAACCCUGUAGGUCCCAAGCCCCCAGUGGCGUCACAUGAGGACGAUGAUUACGAGUGGGGGGUCGGCGAAGAAGCCGACUUCAUCACAGUCGGCCCCAUUUUCGAUCCCGUCGACAGCCAGUGGAUCAUCUCGUCGCAUGUGUGGGGUUACGGCGACGAAAAUCACAAUCCCAAGGACGUGCCUCGACGCACAACAAUUGUGACGCAGUCACGCAUCUCGAAGCGUUUGCUGGACGUGAUGCACGUGGAGAAUUCGCGUGGGAAUCACGUCGCCUCGGAGAUGACGGCACAGACGGUGGCCCUCCUGCAUGGCCUGAAGAUUGUCUUUGCGCCACAUCCGGUCUUCAUGGACCGGGACUGGAAGGGCGGCUUUCUCAACAAUUGGUUCAACCCAGGAGCUCACGGCGAGUCUGGCGGGCGAGGAUCGCCAAUGGGUUGGGGCAGGGAGCGACGCUUUCAAGGCGUCACCUGGUACUACCGCGCCGAGCCCCCUAAUCGACUCUACAACAACUGGAUGGGCUGGAGUGACAGCGGCAUGGGAGGACCAGAAUGGGAGAAGCAACACGGACGCCCUUGUCUUCCUUCCGUCAUGCUUCACCCAAUCAAGAACUCGGUUCCGACAAAGGCCGACCACAAAACAAGCUUCGAUCUCAUGUUUGGUUGA